AUGGGCGGUCAAGGACGUGACGGCGGCAAGGCCAAGCCUCUCAAAGCCCCCAAGAAGGAGAAGAAAGAGCUCGAUGAUGAUGAAGUAGCGUACAAGGCCAAGCAAGCCGCGGACGCGAAGGCGCGCAAGGAGAUGGCAGACAAGGCCAAAGGCAAAGGCCCAAUGAACGCCGGGCAGCAGGGAAUCAAGAAGAGUGGCAAGAAAUAA